CAAAGAGAGUAUUGAGAUUUUUCUGACGUCUUGUUGGAAUGCAUCAAUAUUCUCAGCAGUAUUUCACAUCGCUAAUCAACGACAGUCAAGAUGGAGUCGAGAGAAGAAAGAAAUCACUACUUCAUGAAGAAAAUAUUCUCUGAUGUUGUCAAGGAGAAACUCGUCCAUAUAUUUAUCGAAGAGUGGAACUUCCAUUACAAAGGAUCAUAUGGACAAUGGAAUGGUAACAACGUUAGUGGCCAACAGUUGUUCAAUCUUGAGAAAACAAGAAAGAAAACCCCCGAUAAGUAUAUUUUGUCAAAGUUUCAAGAUGGGAACACCAGUAAGUGGGACUGUGCGACAUUAUUUGAAGCAAUAUUGUUUUCAAACUCAAUAGGAGGAAAAAUCAAUUCCAACAUUAGAGCUGCUUUGCAUACACUUUAUGUUGCAGAAAAAAAAUUUAACCAUAAUAGUAAUGGGAAAAUAUCUGAUACUGUAUUUCAGACAAUGUUUUGUGAUAUUGAAAUAUCAUUCACAGGCCUAGGAUUUCCUGUUACUGAACUCAGGGACAUAAAAUUUGAACGAAGUAGGUUUAAUUAUUUUCAAGUACUUCCAUGCAAACCAAAUCAUGGCGUCGUCAAACGUGCAAAAUUAGUAGAGCAAAUCACAGCAGAUAUUCACGGCUUGCGUGGCAACAACAAUAGUAAACUAACAUAUUACUAUAUUUCUGGUAAUCCUGGGAGCGGUAAAUCUCAAUUAGCCAGACAAGUUUGUGAAGAAAUAUUGAAUUCGAUCGAUUUGAAAAGUAAAACGGCUUUUGUGAUGACACUUGAUGGAAAAGAUACUGAAUCUCUUUUAAAAACGUAUGCUGAAUUUUGUCAACGUUUGAACAAUGAUGAAACUGUCAUUGAAAAUAUUUUGAAAGAAGAAAAAGUUAACGAGGAAAAAAUUAAAGACUUAAAAUCACUGCUGAUGCAACAACUCAACGUUUGGCAAACAUGGUGGAUCUUGGUGAACAACGUGACAGAACUUGAUAAAAUUCAUCAAUUAUUACCUCAAGCUGGUGACCAUGAUUGGAAAAAUGGACAAAUUGUGGUAACCGUUCAGAAUACAGAUGCUAUACCCCCAGAUGGAGAUCUAAACAAACACAUUUCAAUAAGUGGUGGUAUGAAUGAUGAAGAAUGCUGUCAGCUUCUCUCCUUGUUCACUGAUGUUCAAGCUUUUGAUAAACCAUUCUUAAAAGAAUUAUCCGAUAAAGUAGAUGGUCAACCAUUGGCAUUAGCAAGUGCUGCUUCUUACUUAGGAAAUGUUAAAGGUACUAAUCGGACAUUUACGUUGGAGCAGUAUUUGGAUAAGAUGAAUGAAGAAGAACAACAAAACAUGAAUGCCAAUUUCCAAACGAUCAAUUUAUCAUAUUCUCAAUCUAAACCAAGUCUACUGAGAGCUAUUACAUUGGCUGUAGAAAAAAAUGCUGAAGAAUCAAUCAUAUUGGAAUAUGUUUUCAGACUUUUUUCAAUAAUAUCUUUUGAUCCUUUACCACUAGAUAUUGUAAUACAUUUUAUUAAGAGCAUUGAUCCAAACAAGUCUGCAGAAGACAUUCGUCUUUGUUUAAAGCAUUGUUCGUUGUUUCUUCAAUCGGAAAACAACGACAUCAGCCUUCACUGCAUUGUACACGAAGCCAUUGUUAGUUAUUACUCAUCGGAAAAUUUUAUCUGCAAACAAAAAGAAAACGAUUUCAAGAUGUCUUUAGCUGAUUUUGCAAGUCAUGUAGCAUGGGCUCUUUAUCAGUUUAAAGAAAAAGAUGAUCAAAUCAAAUUGAUUCCUCACCUAAAACAAUUCUUAACCAACUCGUCGUUUGAGCACUUCAAAAUAAAGUUGAUAGAUAUAAAAUCAACAUUUUUCAUCUUUAAAAAAAGAAAAAUCGAAGAAAAAAAUUGGAUAAUUGCACUUUUCUUUGUCAAUGUGUUACAAACAUUUUGCGACUAUAAUCUGGCCAUUAAAGUGCUUUAUGAAAUUACAACUAUCCGAAAGAGAAUUGUAGGUUCUAGUUCUAUCGAUGUUUCAUUUUUGUACGCAAACCUUGGUGAAUUGCACCGUAAGAAUGGAGAAUACAAAAAAGCAAAAGAUUUCCUCGAGGAAGCGAUGGAAAUUGAAAAGAAAGCAUCUGAAUCUGACAAUGGUGAUAUUGCCACAAUGUGCAGCAAUCUUGGUUUGGUUCACCAUCAUUUCAAAGAGUACGAAAAAGCAAAAGAUCUUUAUGAACGAGCAAUAGAAAGUCAUACAGAAGCAUUUGGACCUGACUAUGAUGAUAUUGCCUCAACGUAUAGUAAUCUGGGUAUGGUUUACAAAGAUAUGGGAGAGUACGACAGAGCAAACGAAUGUUACAAACGAGCUUUGGAAAUUGAAAGAAAAGCAUCUGGAUCUGAUCAUAUUAACACUGCCAAAACGUACAACAAUCUGGGAUUACUUCACACAACAAUGAGAGAGUACAAACAAGCAAAAGAUGCCUUCGAACAAGCGAUAAAAAGUCAUACGAAAGCAUUUGGACCUGAUCAUAUUGAUAUAGCCACAACGUACAGCAAUCUUGGUUUGGUUAACAGAGAAAUAGGAGACUACGAAAAAUCAAAACGUUGCUACGAACGAGCGUUAGAAAUUAAGACAAAAGCACUUGGACCUGAUCAUAUUGAUAUUGCCACAAUAUGCAACAAUAUGGGUUUGGUUUUGAGAGACAUGGAAGAGUACGAAAAAGCUAAAGAUUUUUACAAGCAAGCGAUGAAAAUUGAAGUAAAAACAUUCGGACCUGACCAUGUCAAUGUUUCGAAAACAUACAACAAUCUCGGUUUGGUUCAUGAGACAAUGGGAGAUUACAAAAAAGCAAAGGAUUUCUACGAACGAGCAAAAGAAAAUCAAGCAAAAGCAUUUGGACCAGACAAUGUUGAUAUUGCCACAACGUAUAACAAUCUUGGUUUGGCUCACAUGAAAAUGGGAGAAUACGAAAGAGCAAAGGAUUUUUUGAAAGGAGCGAUAGAAAUUGAAACAAAAGCAUUUGGACCUGAUCAUAUUAAUAUUGUCACAACGUACAAUAAUCUGGGUUUGGUUCACAAAGAUAUGGGAGAGUACGAAAAAGCAAAAGAUUUUUAUGAACGAGCGAUAGAAAUUCAAACGAGAGCAUUUGAACCUGACCAUGAUUAUCUUGCCACAUUGUACAACAAUCUGGGUUCGGUUCAUAGUGAUAUGGCAAAGUACGAAAAAGCAAAAUAUUUUUACGAAUGUUCUUUGGAAAUUCAAAAAAAAGCUUUCGGUCCUGACCAUAUUAAUAUUGCAACAACGUACAGCAAUCUUGGUUGUAUUAACCGCAUUAAUGGAGAAUACGAAAAAGCGAAAUAUUUUUACGAACGAGCGAUAGAAAUUCAAGCUAAGGCAUUUGGACCAGACAGUGUUAAUCUAGCCUCAUUGUAUAGCAAUCUAGGUUUGGUUCACAGUAGUAUGGGAGAGAAUGACAAUGCAAAAUAUUUUUACGAAAGAGCGGUGGAGAUUCAAAUGAAAGUUUUUGGGUCUAAACAUAUUAAAAUUGCUCCAACGUACAACAAUCUGGGUAUGCUUUACAAUGAUAUGAAAGAUUUCGAAACAGCAAAAAAAUUUUAUGAACUAGCAUUGGAUAUUCAAACGAAAGCAUUUGGACCUGACAAUGUUAAUGUUGCCACAACGUACAGCAAUCUUGGCAUGGUUUACAAUGCGAUGAGAGAAUACGAAAAAGCAAAAGCUUUCUAUGAACGAGCGAUGGAAAUUCAAAAAAAAUCGUUUGGACCUGACCAUAUUCAUAUUGCAUCAACGUACAACAAUCUGGGUUGGAUCAACCGUAAUAAUGGAGAGUACAAAAAAGCAAAAGAUUUUUACGAACAAGCAAUGGAAAUUCAAAUAAAAGCAUUUGGACAUGACCAUGUUGAUCUUGCCACUUUAUACAGUGAUUUGGGUUCUGUUUACAGUAAUAUGGGGGAAUACAAGAAAGCAAAAUCUUUUUACGAACGAGAGGUGGAAGUUCAAACGAAAGCAUUUGGACCUGAACAUGUUGAUAUUGCGACAACGUACAACAAUCUGGGUUUGGUUUACAGGGAAACAGGAGAGUACAAAAAGGCAAAAGAUUUUCUCGAGCGAGCGUUAGAAGUUCAAAAAAAAUCAUUUGAACCUGACCAUGCUGAUUUUGCGACAACAUACAACAAUCUGGGUUUGGUUUAUCAUGAUAUAGCAGACUACAAAAAAGCAAAGGAUUUCUACAAACGAGCAGUUGAUAUUGAAACAAAACAUUAUGGACCUGACCAUGUUAAUAUUGCCACAACGUACAACAAUCUGGGUAUGGCUCACAAUGCUUUGGGAGAAUACAAAAAAGCAAAAGAUUUCUAUGAACAAGCGUUGGAAAUUCAGAAAAAGGCAUUUGGACCUGACCAUGUAAAUAUUGCCACAACGUACAACAAUCUUGGUAUGGUUCACAAUGAUAUGGGAAAGUAUGAAGAUGCAAAAGAUUUUUACGAACGAGCGAUGAGAAUUCAAUUAAAAGCAUUUGGACCUGACCAUAUUAACAUCGGCACAACAUACAAUAAUCUGGGUUUGGUUCACAGUGAUUUGGGUGAGUACGAAAAAGCAAAAGAUUUUUACGAACGAGCAAAGUCUGGAUUCAUUAUCAUUGAUAUGGGAGACUACGAAGAAGUAAAAGAUUUUUACGAACGAGCCAUAAGAAUUCUAACGAAAGCAUCUGCAUCCAAAAAAAACCGUGGAAAAUUAGGAUAA